AUGUACUCGGACACGCCGUCGGAUGCGAGGCUGGACGCUCUGACGAGUCCGUUCUGCUACUUUCACAAGCGAUUUGGAGAUGCGGUGGACAUUGCAAAAGUGCUGGAGGAGAUCAAGGCUGAUGAUCAGCUAUCACAUUCCCGUCUCAUGCAGACGGCGGCUGGUGUGAGAGAGGUGUCAAAACAGUUGCAGCGACGACCUUUACGGAAAGCAGUGAAGAAUGUGAUGAUUGUGACAAAGGCUCGGGACAACACAUUGGUCACGCUCACAAGAGAGCUGGCAGAAUUCCUCCUGGCCACGCCGCGAUAUGGCAAAGACGUGGGUGUGAAUGUGUGGGUUGAUUCCAAGUUGAAGAAGUCGAAGCGAUUCGAGCACGACUCCCUCCUGGCUCAAAAUGAACGAUUCAAGGACAUGCUCCACUUCUGGACACCCGAGAUUUGCUUGGAACGACCAGAGUUGUUUGAUCUGGUCAUCACUUUGGGAGGCGACGGAACAGUGCUUUUUACAUCUUGGUUAUUUCAAGGCAUCGUGCCACCUGUUCUGGCGUUCUCUCUCGGGUCGCUGGGCUUCCUGACCAACUUCGACUUCGAAAAGUACAAGGACGAGCUCAACCGGGUCAUGGGAGAUCAUGGCAUGCGUGUCAACCUUCGCAUGCGAUUCACAUGUACUGUAUACCGGUCUGCAGCCGUGUAUGGCAACGAUUUUGAAGAAGCCAAGAUUGAGGGCGAAACACAUGAGGUCUUGAAUGAGCUGGUUAUUGACCGAGGGCCGAGUUCGUACAUUUCCUCACUGGAUUUGUACGCAAACGACAGCCUGCUCACGCGCAUAUCUGCGGAUGGCAUCAUACUGAGUACACCCACCGGCAGUACGGCAUACUCUCUCAGCGCUGGCGGGAGUCUAGUCCACCCGGACAUCCCAGCGAUCCUAUUGACACCGAUUUGUCCUCAUACGCUAUCCUUCCGACCAAUGCUACUGAACGACGACAUGGCGCUGAAGGUUGCUAUACCGUCAACAGGACGUGGCACUGCAUUCGUCUCAUUUGAUGGCAAAGGCCGCAUCGAACUCGGACGCGGCGACGAGGUAGUUGUUCGGGCAUCCCAAUAUCCCUUUCCUUCCGUGAUGGGCAAGCCGCUCGAAUGGUUCGAUAGCAUUUCGAGGACUCUCCGCUGGAACACACGGGCAGCGGAGCAGAAAGGCUGGACUGGCGGUGAUGGUCCGGACGGCGCGAUGAUUGAUGAUGAUGGAGAGGGCAAAGAGCCUGAAUACGAUAUUGAUUUCGAGGGCGACGACGAGGAAGCUGUCAGCGUGAGCGCCAAAGAUAGCGGCUAUGGGAGCGAGAAACGCUUUGGCAAUUGACAAGUCGAUCUCGCGUUUCUUCCAAUGGGCGCACGCAGCGCUACAUCAUCAUUGGGGAGCGGCAGGAGCACGUACGAAUUAGCGAGGGAGUAUAGCAUGAAGCAGCGUCAAACGUUGUUCUUCUGUCUUAG